AUGAAGACAAUCUUUCUCGUGCUAGCCUUGAUCCAAGUCACGGUGGCUCUGGAGUGUGUCGAUGCUUUGAAAGAUAGUCCUCAGCUUGAUGGUUCCGAGCGAUCGUCCACCUGCCUAUGUGGCGACUACUGCGUAUCGUAUUACUACCAACCAGAGAACCUAUACGUAUGGACUUGCGGCUGUUUGAUUCCCGGGUCUGAAGCGUCGGUGAACUUAUGCAAGCACGAGGGCUUCAACAAAGUUGGGAACGUCCGACCUCACUGCUGCAGUGGUGACAUGUGCAAUAAGAGCCAAACUAUAUUA